GCAUGACUUGAACCUCAGAGGAUAUUCUGCCCAAUCGUCUUAGACUUCACAUGGCGUAUGUCAAUACUUAUCAACCCCCUCCUCCCCCGAAGCCUGCUUACGGACUUCAUGGCCCCGUCCCCUAUGACAUCAACGUUGCCUUUCCGCUCGACUUCACUCAGCUGGAGACCCCCCGUCUGAAGCUAGUACCGUUCAUUCCAUCCAUUCAUGCCGCAAAAUACCAUACAGCCAUCCCAGACCCUGCACACUUCUAUCGUUACUACCCCUUUCCUGGCAUAGAAGAUCCAGAGUCAUAUCUGCUGUUCAUGGACGCCUUCGUGCGCCAGAACCCGUACAGUGUGCUCUUCGCGAUCAUCGACACGACGACCCCAGACCCGGACCGUCCGGAGUGGGGAGGGGUGCUUGCAGGGACAAUUGCACUCCUGGGUUAUUCACCGACGAACCUAUCAGUGGAGAUUGGGGUGCUGUGUAUUCUGCCCGCGUUUCAGCGGACACAUGUCGCGACGCAUGCAGUAGGGACACUCCUCAAGUACUGCCUUACCAUGCCCUGUACAUCCCAGUCUGAAUCUGGGUUGGGCUUGAGAAGAGUGCAUUGGUAUGCGCAUCCGGAUAAUGAGCCGUCCCUGAGACUUGCAGCUCGCAUGGGGCUCAAACGCGAAGGGACUCUGAGAUGGGCAUGGGUGUUGCCUGUCGGGAAGCUACUGGGAAAGACACCUAGGAAAAACGAUUUGCAGGAAGGACCUGGCAGAGACACUGCAAUUAUGGCUAUUUCGUGGGAAGACUGGGAGGACGGGGCAAGAGAACUUGUGACAACACAAAUGGCUCGGACGGAAUAA